UUGGCGCGGGCCUUGCCGCCCUGUUUGCCACGGCCAGACAUAACUUAAGUCUAUUGCAAGACAAACUGAGGUGACAACUUCUAUAAAGCUAGGUUGGUGCGUCCCUAAGGCCUUUAUAGGCGUUCCUAGGGGUGGGGUCAGGAGGGAGCUUUUCAUUGGUGGUUAUUUGGCCCCAGAGAAGUCCAAUGAAAUCUGAAAUUUUAGGCUUGUACUGAAAACGCAAGUUUCGCAUAUGAGCCAAUGAAAAUUAAAAGUACUUUGAGACCUAAUUUGCAUAAGGCGUUCAUAAAGGGCUCAAGUCCUCCGGGUCCCUGAUUGUUUUUCUACUUAGUAGACUGUUUUCUUUCCACUGUUUGCUUUUAAUCAUGCCUGAACUGGCCAAAUCUGCCCCGGCUCCCAAGAAGGGUUCCAAGAAGGCUGUCACCAAGGCGCAAAAGAAAGAUGGCAAGAAGCGCAAGCGCAGCCGCAAGGAGAGCUACUCCAUCUAUGUGUACAAGGUGCUGAAGCAGGUGCACCCGGACACCGGCAUCUCGUCCAAGGCCAUGGGCAUCAUGAACUCUUUUGUCAAUGACAUCUUUGAGCGCAUAGCAAACGAGGCUUCUCGCCUGGCGCAUUACAACAAGCGGUCUACAAUCACGUCGCGGGAGAUCCAGACGUCGGUGCGUCUCCUACUGCCCGGAGAACUGGCCAAGCACGCCGUGUCGGAGGGCACCAAGGCCGUCACCAAGUACACCAGCGCCAAGUAGAGGCCCCCCUGGAUGAGGCAGGCGCUCGCUGGCCCUUUUGAUCUUUAAAGUCUCUUGUAGUCACCCGCUCAAAUCAAGAGAGAGCUUUGUCCACUUGCAUUAGUUUCUAGUUCCUGUUCCAAAGUUACUCUAAGGGUCUUGAAAAAGGUACACUUCAGAAGUUUUAAGCCUUUGGUUUUGAGUUUCCCUGUGGGCAUCUGUUUGCAGUUUGCUGCACCCUACUUAGCUUCUUGGAGUUCUUUUUAGACUAGGAUAAUGGAGGUGGGUCUCUGGGCCCGGCUUCCGUGUUUUAGGCUCUUGUGUCCGGGUACCUUUUACUUGCCGACUUAAAGUGAGAUCGUUUCCUUAUCUUGGCGAUUAGAGGGCUCCAGGACACAGCUAAGUCUGUGUCGACGAAUGCUGGGCACCAGUCUACAACUGAAACCGCUCUGUCCCUUUACUUGUGUCCUGGGCACGGGGUACUUAGGGUGGUAUCCCUCUAAUUUACUGAUUUACAAGCACGAAUGUUCCACGUUGCUGCCGAUUUGGUAGGAGUCGGUUAUGGUUCUCUAUCAGGUUUUAGAAUCCCUGUUCGCGGCUUGCUUGGUUUGUUUUGUUCUGUUUUUGUUUUUUUCUUUUGAUACUUUGCGUUAACCUCUGCAGUGCCAGAUUACCGCAAGGAUACUGUUGCUUUUCUCUCUGGGCCUAGGAAGCGAUCUUUCUAACCCACACACUCAGGAAUUAGCUUUUCCCUCCUGUCCUGCCUCCGGGAGAGGUCGUCUCAAGUGCCCUUUGCUUUCCUGUUUACACUGCUGCUGAUCAAGCCUGAGUUUUAUACCUCCAGAGCCCGCCAAUGCCUUAACCCCAGCUGAUGCUAUUUUUAAAAAUUACUUAUUGAAUUAAUUUUUAUAUUAAGGCGGGGGCGACAAAGGCCUUGUCCAUUUGUGGUACGUGAAGACACAUUGGAAAGGAAAUGUUUUGGGCAUUUUUUUCCCUCCCAAAUUUGUCUUUAGUUAUAGUUACUGUGGUGGCUGGUUUUAGUUCUUAACCAAGCAGCUGGGUACACCUGUGAGGGAUCGUUUUUGUUUUUUUGUUUUUUUGUUUUUAAUUCCAUAAUUUGAAAUGAGAAGAACCAUUUUUAAUUUGGAUCUUUUCCACCUUUAAUCUGGGCCACACCUGCUGGCAGCUUCUAUUCAGGACAUGGAAGAAAGAAGCUUGUUCUUUGCCUGCUUGCUCGAGAUGGCGCCUGUUCCUAAACUGGCAUUAGAGCCUACUUACUCAGGAUUCUGGCAUACACAGAAGACCAGCUGAGACAUACAGCCUUGUGUACUGAACAACUACUGGAUUAUUGGACCUUCCGAUGGUAGACAGCCAUUGUACCCCAGUCUGUAAGCCAUGUGUUUAUGUUCGUGUGUGUGUGUGUGUGUGUGUGUGUGUGUGUUUACUAGGGACUGGCCAUAAUAGUUCCCUUAAAUUUGCCAAUUUAGAGGAAGCUCUUGGAUUUGUAUUAAAUCGAGAGCAUUGGCCUUUGGGGGAGAAACAUUUUACUGCCACCACCAUCCCCAUUCUUAAAUUUUCUAUCCCCUACUGAGAUGAACUUCCAAUUUACAAUUGUCCCUGUCAUUUACAUUUCAGAGGGCUCUGCAGGAUAGGUAGGCUAUGGAGCGAAUAGUGAAGUUAAUAGAAGCUAAAUGGGUUGGUCCGCUGGCAGACCCCUGCACCAACACCGCCACUCUUAUCUCCUACCUGAAGACAGCGGCCUUGGUUUUCUUUUGUGGGGAGUGUAGCAUUGCUAAAUUUUUCCUUUGAAGUCUUGGUUUUGUUGGUGAAGGUCCUUGACGGUCUGAUUGAUUUCUCAAUUCUGCUUUAUGGUAAAGGUUAUUCGAGAUGAUUGCAGGAGCUUUGUGAAUCCAAGAGAGUUCCAGACAUUGUCAUAGAUCAAAUAAAUCCUGUUCACUGCAUGUGCAUUUUCAAGUGGGUAGACACUGUUAUUAUCAUUAAUAAAGUUACCGAUUAGUUUCAAA